AUGAUCGCCGGUAUUGUAGUGCAAGUUACUACAAUGACCGUCUUUAUUGUUCUUAUCAGCGAAUACGCUUUCCGUUAUGUCAACAACAUGCCUCUCAGGAGGACGACAAAAGAUCCAGCAUCCCAUCAUUCUCCAUUAGAUACGCGUCGUCAAAUUUUGUUGUUCGCUCUGGUUAUCACGACGCUUCUGCUGUUCAUUCGUGCUAUCUAUCGUCUCGUCGAGCUCGGCGGUGGGUGGAGUGGCAAGGUUGCCCAAACAGAGUGGUUCUUCAAUGUCUUUGAAGCUGGAUUGGUCACCCUCGCGUUCUUCAUAUGGAAUGUCGCACAUCCUUCUCUUUUGCUUGAAGAGCACACUCCUGAAAAUUACAAUUUGAACGUUGGACUGAAGCAAGGGAACAGUGUCGGGAAGUAUCGUGCCUUGACGGACUGGCAAACAGACUAUUCUCAAUAA